UUUUUAUCUUCAGCACCUUCGUCAAUGGCUUCCUCAUCCACAUCCUCUCCAACUCGAGUCAAGGAGUACGAUGUCUUCCUCAGCUUUCGAGGGGCGGACACCCGCAAUAACAUAGUCAGCUAUUUGCACAAAGCACUUGUUGAUGUCGGAAUCCGUACCUUCAAAGACGACAAGGAGCUUGAAGAAGGCGACAUCAUUUCUGAAAAACUUGUCAACGCUAUACAAACUUCGUGGUUUGCUGUGGUUGUUCUCUCAGAAAAAUAUGUUACUUCAAGUUGGUGUUUGGAGGAACUCCGACAUAUAAUGGAGCUUUCCAUUCAGGAUGACAUUAUAGUCGUUCCCAUCUUUUAUAAAGUAGAACCUUCAGACGUGAGAUACCAGAAAAAUAGCUUCGAGGUUAAGCUUCAGCACUACAGAGAUCCAGAGAAGAUUCUCAAAUGGAAGGGAGCUCUCACUCAAGUUGGCAAUAUGUCAGGCAAGCAUUUCCAGACAUGUUCCGAUGAGGCAACGAACAUCGCAGAGAUAGUUUCAAAAAUUUCAAACCGACUGAGAAAGAUGAAGCCUACAGAUCUAAUCAAUUUAGUUGGAAUGGAUGCUCAUAUGGAGAAGAUGCAACUCCUUUUGGAUAAGGAGCCUAAAAGUGAGGUUAGAAUGAUAGGGAUAUUGGGUAUGGGAGGCAUAGGCAAGACCGCCAUUGCCAACUAUCUCUAUAACCAAUUCUCACAUGAAUAUUGGGCACACUGUUUCAUAGAAGACGCUUGGAACACCAAUGACCCAACUCACCUACAAAGGAAAUUGCUUUCCCAUAUCUGCAAUGAUGAAAAUGCCAAGUUGUUUACCAGGGAAGCUGGAGCCAUGAAGAUUAAGGGUAUACUUAAGCACAAGAAAUUUUUUCUUGUGAUAGAUGGUGUGAAUAAAGCAGAGCAAGUACAUGCACUGGCAAAAGAGAGAAGCUGGUUUGGUCCAGGGAGCUUGAUCAUCAUAACUACUCGAGAUAGAGGUCUCCUCAAUUCAUGUGGAGUAAAUAAUGUAUAUGAGGUUAAGUGCUUGGAUAGUAAGGAUGCCCUCCAGGUUUUUGAAAAGUUUGCUUUUGGAGGAAGAAAUCCUCCAUUUCAUGGUUCAGAGAGACUCUUUACCAGAGCUUCUCAGCUUGCUCACGGCCUACCUUAUGCCCUUGUAGCUUUUGCUUCGCAUCUCAGUGAACAGACCACCAUAGAGGGAUGGGAAGAUGAAUUAUUUCGUCUAGAAGAUUAUCCUCAGAAGAAUGUUGAAGAAAUUUUGAGAGCUAGCUAUGAUGAUUUAGAUUAUUACGAGCAGUCUGUUUUCCUUCAAGUGGCAUGUCUCUUCAACGGAAGCUUUCUCUGGCUUAUCAGAGCUUUUCUUGGGAAACUUGGUUCAAGGAUAAAUAGCUUACGGGCAAAGUCUCUCCUGGACAUAUCAAAUGAUGGACGUUUAAUCAUGCAUUUCUUGGUUGAACAAAUAGGAAAAGAAAUUGUGCGCCAACAAUCCAACUGUAUACCUUCCGAGCAAAAGUUCUUGUGGAAGCCGGAAGAGAUCUAUGAUGUACUCGCAAGGAACAUAGGUACAUCCAAAAUACAUGGGGUGUCACUAGAAAUGUGUGAUCUGUCUGACACUUUACGUAUAGGGAGCAGUGCAGGCCAAUGCGUGAUCUCACAUUUCUCAAGUUUUUAA